CUAGAUUGACAGUUUUCAUUGUUUUGUUUGUAAUUUGUAAAUGGAUAAAUGCAAGUGCCAACUGAACAAGAAAUUGACCCAUGACUAAGGGAAUUAAUUAGAUUUUAUAAAGUUACUGUAAUAACAUUCGUAAUCAUAAUCAGUAUACACAAUGAGGGACGUAGAAAAGAAUAACUACCCAAAAGCAUCAGGGUACCUAGUAAAUGGAGCUAUUUUGACUUAUAUAGCUGGAUUACUGCUUAUGAUAGCGUUUUGUAGCCCUUACUGGGUGAAGUCCUUUGAUGAAACCUUUUCCGAUUUCAAAAACAUGGGCCUGUGGGAGUAUUGCUUCGACAACUACCGUUACCCCGCCUAUCAGUUUGAUCACUACUUUGAUGGGUGCCACCACGUUUUCAGUCAAGAGUACUAUGUCAUCAGAGAAUUUCUACUACCUCCUUGGUUAAUGGCAGUUCAAGCCUUCGUAACUAUGUCUUUCCUGUUGAGUUUUGGUUCCCAAAUUGUCAUGGCUCUGCAGUUGUGCCGUUGGCCUCUAGAGUUUGUAUUGCAGUACGAGUGGAUCCUAUCGGCUAUCAAUUUCGUUUGUAUUACUACUACAACCGUGUUCAUGUUUUUCGCUGUAGUCGUUUUCGGAGGGUCUUAUACACGACGGGAUUGGUUGAUGUAUCCCAAUUUUAAUUUCUUGAGCUGGGCUUACGGCAUGGCGUGCUUGUCAAGUUUCUUCCACGCCUUUGCCGCCGUUUGCUUGUACAAAGAAGCUAGACUGAGCUACGAGAGAAGACGCGAAUCGAAGAAUUUAAUUAUGCAGAUGCACCCCAACCCGCAGCACCGCUUAGGGUGGAGUAUGCAGUAAAUAAGUAAAAUACACCAUAUAAAGGGUUUGUACUGGCUCUUUUUCACAUUGUUAGAGGUUAUAAAGUAGGAAUAGUGUUGGCCAUGUUUAAUUAUUAGAUCAUAGUUGGAUGGCGGGUUAAACUUGGGUGUGAGGGAUUUUAUUAGAGACGCCGUCUAGUAUUUUCUUCCUUAAGUUUGACCAGCAAACUAACUAUAUCAUAUAUAAACAAUGGUAUUAAUAAUUAAGUCACAUUGUGUGUAGUUACUGGACAUUUUGAAGAUUUCUGUAUACGUGCACGAGAUUUACAUAAGUAUAUUAUUUUUUAUAUAGAAAUCGUUGAGCUGUGUGGUGCAAAGUUGUGCCUUAUCUUUGGGCAAGAUAUUGUCAUACAAAUUUUUCUGCAUUUAAAUCCGCAUGUCAAUUUAAUUUUUGACAAAUUCGGUAUUGCUUUUGUAUUACCGAAUGGUACAAAUUGACUGAUAGUGCCUUUUGUUUGUUAAAUUUAACAAAGAGUAAUAAGAUCAGUGAUAUAAUAAUAUUUUUCUGAUAAUUGUUUGCUUGUUUAGCAGUGUGGUUUGUAAUUAUAGUACAGUCAAAAUAGCAACGCAUUCAUUUAUUCUGGAUUUUCCAGAAUAAAAAUUAUAUCUUUGAAAUAUAUUAACGAAAUGUAAAAUAAUGUGUUAUGUAAUUAUGCUGUAAUAAGUUUAUACUAACGAUAUCCGUCCAAUUUUUCUAAUACUAGUUGAAAUUGUAUUGUUUCUUAUUUUUUUAUUUGUGUUAAUAAAUACUCACUUAAACACAAA